AUGGCGUCCCUUCAGCCGCGCCACAGCGGCUCCCCCAAGAUCGCGACGCGAUCGUCCUCGUCAGAAGGCGGCAAGCCUCGGUUUCUGUCGGCCGCCAUGACCGCCGUCACGGAGCGCAACAGAUUCACAGAGAUUGUCUUCGCGGCGCUGCUGCUUUCCGCGUCGCUCCGCAUCUGGCUCGACCUGCGCGUCCACGCGCCGCGUCCCACCGACCUCCCCUGCCGCAACGACGACUCGCUUCAGCCGGCCGACCAAUCGGCGUCAUCCGCGUCAGCAUACAUCAACGACAGCGUCGUAGCGCUGCCCGGCCGCGCGUGGCGGUUGCCGGCGGGGGUGGCGCGGGCGUACGGCGGGCUGGGCGACGGCAAGGUGGACCCGGCGCGGUUCCGCCUGCACGUGAAGGUGCUCGUUUUCGACCGCCCCGCGUACGCGCUCCGCUGCCUGCGCGCGCUGGCGGCGGCGCAGUACGACGCGGAGCCCGUCCACCUGGACGUCUUCGUCGACCACCCUUUCGCGCUGCGCGCCGACGCCGCGCCCUGGUCGCCGCGCGCCGCGAGACGCGUGGCAGCCUCCCAUUCCCUCAUGGCGCAGAUCGACGCGUUCGCGUGGCCGCACGGGCCGAAACGCGUGAUGUACCGAUCGCAGAGCGCGGGCGUGCAGGGCCAGUGGGUGGAGGCGUGGUGGCCGGAGAGCCUUGCUGACGUGGCGUUGAUGGUGGAGGACCACGUGGUGGUGUCGCCGCUGUACUACCGCUACCUGAAGCGCCUCCUCGCGCGCUACUACUUCCGGCGCGCGGAGUUCGACCCGCACGUGCUGGGCGUGUCGCUGCAGCGCCAGUCGUUCGUGCCCGGGCUGGGUGGCGACCCGCUCCCCCCGGUGGCGCACGGCGCGCCGUUCCUGUACGCCGUGACGGGCACGUGGGGGCAGGCGCUGCUGCCCGGGCCGUGGCGGCAGUUCCGCGUGUGGCUGGACGAGCGGCGCUACAACGGCUCACGGCAGCCCCUUGUGGGCGGGCUCAAGACCACCCAGUGGUUCCGCGACAAGGGCAACAGGAGGUGGUCGCCGUGGGCCAUCAAGUGGGCGCACAGCAGCGCCAUGCUCUCGCUCUACCCGCCCCUCCCCGCCAACCUCUCCCUCGCCUUCCCCCUCAAGCGCGCCGCUCCCCCCUCAGACGCCCCCCUCGUGCCGCUGCUACCGGGGAUGGCCACACCAGGGGGGAGGGCUGCGCUUGGGGGCGCGGGUGCUGGGGGCGGGGGCACUGGGGGAGAGGGUGGGGAAGGGGGGGUGGAGGGCGCGGUGAGGGCGUGGAUGGAGGGGCCGCUGCCGGGCAUGGCGCGGGUGAGGCGCUUCGACCUGUGUGCUCGUGAGCUGCCCCACCUGCCCGUGGGGCACUCCCUGCCCGACCUGCACUCCCUGCUCUCCGCCGUCGCCCAGGACAAGCGGGUGUCGCUGGUGGUGGUGCCGCGGGGCGGCAGGGACGAGGUCAACAACUGGCUCUGCCACCUGGACGGCAGCGGCCUGCGCUCAUUCGUCCUCAUCGUCCCCCACGCCAGCCUGGCAGCUGAGCUGUCGGCGCGUGGCUUCGCUGCCUUCCACCUGCCACCACUCAGCAGGCGCCAGGUGGCACAAGGGCUGGGGCAGCUGGCAAUGAGGGGAGGGGUGAAAGCAGUGAGGGAGAAGGAGGGGUUGGAGGAGGAGGAGGAGGUGGUGGUGGCAGCGCUGUCACAGGGCUUUGAUGUGUCUCUAAGCAACGUGGAUGCCGUGUGGCGGGGCGACCCCAUGGCUACCGAGGCUCUCGGGCUCAUCCCCGCUGACGUGGACAUGUGGGGCCACCUUGAUACUGCUGACGUGGCAUCCAGCUUCUUUGUGAUUCGUUCUCGUGCUGCUACAGUCUCGGCGUGGGGCCAGCUGGCGAAGCUGUGUGCACAGGCGCCCAAGGGGGGAAGCAAGGGGGACUUGGACAAGGCGGAGGUGGGGUGUGGGGAGCCGGGGAGUGGCGUGCAGCAGAAGCAGAUGCGGGUGCUGCUGACUCAGGCAAUGCAUUUCAGGGAGGUGGAUUCGAUACCCUUUGGACGCGAUGGCGCAGUGCGCGUGCCCAAGGGAACGUUGCUGCCUGCUCUACUGCCACCUCAAUUCGCAACAAAGGGGAAGAAAAUCAGAACCAUUCACUUCGCAGGCCCGGCCUUCAAGCGCCCGUGGCAUCGACCGGCGGCAUCGCCGCACGGCGUGAAGGCGCUGCGAGUCCGCGCCGCACUGAGCCUCGAUGCCGCACGUGGCACCGCGGCGGUCGACCCCUUCUCGUUGCUCUCUGCCGUUCCGCCGCUCCGCGCGCCGUCUUUGGAGGAGGGCGCAAUGGGCAUGACGAUGGGGGAGAGCCUCGCCGUCACGGUCGAGGCGGCACGCGGAACCCGCCGGGCGGAAGAAGGAUAUCCGGGCGGGGCUUGCGCUGCUUCCGGCGCGCCCUCGACGCCCAACCGGCUGGCGUCCCGGCUAGGCGUGCUCUUCUUAUCGGCCGCGGCGGCAGCAGCGGCGGGAACUAGCAUGCCCGCGCAGGCCGUGCAGGCGGAAGCAGUGCGGUCGGAAGCCGCUCAGGCGGAAGCAGCUUGGGCGCAGGCAGUGCAGGCGGAGGCAGCAGCGACAGCAGUGACGGCACCACCAGAGGCAGAACGGCAGAGCGCAGCAGUCGCGUGGCAGCUGCCGCCUGUAGCGGUGGUUGCUGCUACAGCCGUGCCAGCUGUCGGUCCAUCUGGAGGCAGUCGUGCUCCACGUAAGCAGACAGCUCAGCAGCACGUGGCAGCGCUGGAGGGGCGCAUGCAGCGGAUGAUGGCGUGGGUGCGCCAGGGCAGGCGGGGGCGGGCGGAAGAAACGGGGGAAGCGGGGCGCGAGGGGCGCGAGGGGCAGUCAACGGCUGAGCAGCAGGCCGAGCUGCGGCGGCGAGUGGCGGGGGUGGUGGAGGGGCGCAGGGUCACUAGGCGGAAGCAGCGUGGGGGAGGGGGGGGUGGGGAGGGCUCAGGGGGGCGAGGGGCAGUGGGCUUGGAGGAGGUGGGCAGUGGAGUGGGAGGAGCGCGGUUGAGAGAGGUGGGAGGAGAGGGAGUGCGGUUGAGCGACGGUCCGGAGUGGCUGAAGGGGGUGGCAGAGCAGUACGGCAUGGCGCUGCCGGCAGCUGUGGGGGCCACCAGGGGUGGAGCAGCCACAGCCGCAGCAGCCGAUCCAGCAGCAGCAGCGGCGGCGUCGGUGGUGGCGGGGAGGGUGCUGGCGGCGCUGAGACAGGCGGAGCAGUCCACUCGCGCUGCAGCACCCCCACACCCCGCCACCGCACCCGCCUCUACUCCACCGCCCGCGGCAGCAGCCCCUGAGAGCAGGGCACAGGCGAUGCAGGCGGCACUAUCGCCCCUCCAGCAGAAGCUGGAGGAGGCGGAAGCAAGCAGGCAGCGGUACGAGGCGGCGGUGCAGUGGACGGAGGGGCGCCUCUCAGCGCUCGCCACGCUCGCCCUCACCACCACCACCCACCCGCCCUCGCCCGCCCUCGCUGCCUCGCGCACCCACCUCCUCUCCUCCCUCGCCUUUGCCCAGAAACGAGCAGCUGAGGUGCGCAUAGGCGGGGUGGUGGGAUGCCCAACCUGCGCCUCCGCCUCUCCUGCCCACGCCGUCAUCGCCACCAGCACUGCCCUCCUCCCCGUCGCUCGCGACCCACCCACGGGUGCCGCGCUCGCUGUCGCAGCCCUCACGGGCGCUCUCCCAUGCCUCAUGGUGCCCCACCGAGGCCGCUCACACCACCCAGCCCUUGACCCACGACAGCACCAGCCUCGCCAGCACCCAUGCUGCCCUGAGCAUUCUCCAGCAGGUGCGUUGCACUCCCUCACUCCUCAGAUGCUUCUGCCCAUCGCAAUGUGCCUGCCCACACCUCGCACGCACCAUGCUCAUGCCAUGCUCUCUGCUCAUUUCUUCAUUUUCCUUCCCCAGGCGCCGGUGCUGGUGGAGGGAGCAGGGGGGGGCGAGUGGGCGAGGGAGUUCGUGGCGGAGUCGGUGGCCAGGGAGCUCAGCAAGCGCCGCACCACCCAUGGCCACGCCGCGUGA